UGUCAUCUGAAAAAAAAACAUAGUAGCUUUUAAGUCUCAAAUCAUUUAAAAAAAAUACUAUAAAUCAAUUUAAAAAAGAUAUAAAUCAUGGGUACAAGUGACAAACAAUUCUUUGGCCCCUUAACAUUACAUCAGAAAAGUGAAAAGCCAUCUAUUUUUAAGUGUGAAAAACCGACGGAAUGUGCUUGUGUUUUGUGCGAUGAAAUAUUCUCGUUACCGGCUUCCGAGAAGCAAUUUCUAACACAUUUGUUCAUGGAACAUCGUCUGGUUAUAGCUGAUGUUAACGAAAUUGCUGACUUAAGAGGUUAUGUGAAGUAUUGGAAACAGAGAUUUAAAGAUCAAAAUUUGCCAUAUUAUUGCACAACUAUGCUUCUUGACAACAAACCAGAUGGAACAAAGUCUAAAAAUGAAGAAUAUUUUCUACUAAGCGAUGUGUUACCUGAGGACAAAGAACUACGAAGCAAUCUAAGGCAGAGCAAAUUAGAAAUUCUAUUAGAAAGGCAUGCAUUUGAAAGAGAAGAUAAAAUAUACUCAAAAGAGUGUCUCUUUUGUCGUUAUGUCUCAAACGGCACUAGAGCUAAUUAUUUAAAUCAUUUGUAUGAAAAACACAAUUUUCAUAUUGCAAAACCUGAUAAUUUAAUAUUCGUAGAUGACCUAGUUGAUUUGAUUGCUUCAAAAUUGGAAAAACUUCAAUGCAUUUUUUGUGAAGGCUUGUUCAAGGAUCGCACAAUUUUAAAAGAGCACAUGAGAAAGAAAGGACACAAGCGAAUAAACCCAGCCAAUAAAGAAUAUGAUAAAUUCUUUUUAGUCAAUUAUGUUGGUGACAAACACACUCUCCCUACCUACAGACUGAAUAAACCAAACACAUCGAAAUAUUCAAAUGCUAAUAAAGAAGAAUAUGAACAGGAUUCAAAUGUAGACAGUGAUCCAGAAUGGUCGGAGUGGACUGAAGAAAAUGGACCUUUGAUAACUUGUCUUCUCUGUGAUCAGACUGAAAUGGAGUUUGAGAGCAUUCUGAAUCACAUGGAAAGAAAACACGAAUUCUCCUUUUCAAAAGCAACAUCUGGAUUCGAUUUUUAUCAUAAAAUCAAAAUCGUCAACUACAUCCGACGACAAAUACAUUUAAAACAAUGUCUGUCGUGUGAAACAAAGUUUGAUGAUUCGAGAAAUUUGGAAAAACAUUUAAAGGAAAUGAAGCAUUGGACUCUACAUAAGGAGAAAUGGGACCAACCAGAAUAUUACUUUCCGACCUACGAAGACGAUUUGUUCCUGUGUUUUAUUCAUGAUGAGGAUGAAAGUUGGUGGUCAAGUGAUGAACAAGAAGUCGAAAAUCAGAAUAAUAUGUGUGAUAAUAUUUCAAAAGAAAUGGCAUUAUCUGUUUUAAGUGAUUAAGGCGUUACUUAUUAAUAGUUAACAUGAAAAUUGAUAUCUUCUUAUAUGAGAGGUGCUACAAUUUUUAAAAUAUAUGUCUAUAAAAGAUAUUUAUCUUUUUAAAUAGUCUUCUUUUUAAUGUUAAAUGGAUUUGUAGAUGACUGGAGUUGUCAAAUAAUACAAAUCAGAUUUGUACUUGGUAUUUCUAAUUAUUCUAUCUACAAAAUGUAACUAUUGGUGAAAGAA